AUGCAGCGCGCAAAUUCCAGUGCUGUUGGAGUCAUUGGUGCUGGUGCUGUGGCUGCUUGUGCAGCAGCUGCGGUCAGGCCUGGACGACCCACCAAAGCCAAGACUGGCAGGACCAAGACGCGUGCACUCAACCCAGACAACUUCAGCGACGUUUGUGACCAGACUGGCGUCACUCUGAACCGCUACAUGAUCGAGGCAAACAGACAAGGUGUAGUUGACACAGACAUUUUGUCAGUGAUGAACUCCAUUCGAGAGGCCACAAAGGUGAUCUCCAAGCUGGUCAACACUGCUCCAUUGGCACAGGCGGAACUUCUUGGUUUGGAGGGUGCCAUCAAUGUGCAGGGCGAGGACCAGAAAAAACUUGAUGUAAUUACCAAUGAUGUCUUGAAGAAGGCCUUACGAUACACUGGGAAGCUGGGCACCAUGGCCUCAGAGGAGGAGGACAUGCCAGUGAACGCAGCCUUAUCGUUGGAGACUACAGCAUCUGGCACAGUUCUGUCUGACACUGGAAAAUAUGUCUGUGUGUUUGAUCCUUUGGAUGGAAGCAGCAACGUGGAUGCUGGCAUUGCUGUUGGCACGAUCUUCGGAAUUUUCAAGGAAUCUGAAGAGACCAACGCAGUUUGUAACCUGCCGGCAAACGUCAAGGACCUGGAUGUUGAUCAAGUCUCUUGCCUUGCCGCCACCUUGCAGCCGGGCAAGGCGUUAGUGGCUGCAGGCUAUGUGCUUUACAGCUGCUCCACAGAAUUGGUCUUCACGUUGGGAAGGGGCGUCGUCGGCUUCACUCUGGACAGCUCCAUUGGAGAGUAUGUGCUGACCCGUCCAAACAUUGAGAUUCCCAGCCGUGGUAAGAUCUACUCUUGCAAUGAGGCUGAGAGAACGGGAUUUUGCUGGUUUGUGCUCUGUGCGGAUCAACUUCAGGUCUACUCGACGCAGAAUGGCACCAUGUCUGCAGCUUUCCGCUCUCAGAGUGGGAAGCCAGUGCCUUCCCCUGGUGUGAAACACCAUGUCAGCGUGAGUGGAGUUCAGACGAAUUACUGCAAGUUUAAUCAUCAGGUUUUGCGCAAGUCUGAUGUGAGCCUUACUGUCAAUGAAGGUAUGGACAUCCGUGGUUUCAUCAAGAGCAUGAAAGAGAGCGGCUUGCUUGAUGGGCAUUUCACGAAGGUUGAUGCAGAUCUGGCCUUCUGUAAGCACACAGCCCACAGCCGUCACACACGGAAAAUUGGUUUAGAGGACUUUGAGCAGAUUCUGAGAUGCAUUGCCAGGCGAAGGUCGGUCAGCGACCAAGAGGUUUUCGAACAAGCUGCUGCUGGAGCCACCACAGCGAGUACUCAGUGUACUCGGUCAGAGGAGAAGUGGAGCUCUGGCCCGGAAAGAUUUUUUUAUGACACCACAACAUACACUGGUGUACACAGGCGCGGCCGGGGUGAUGUUGAACACACGAAGCCACCAUGCGUGAGGACAGCAGCUCGAUCGGCAUCGCCACGUGGCCCUGAGCGAUUCUUCUACGACAAGUCAACCUACACUGGCACGCACAGAAAUGGUGGCCCCACUGCAAGUGGAAAUGGACUCCCAAAGGAGGGCUUCAAAGACCUAAGUGAGGUCGGUUUGAGGGCGGACGUGUCAAAAGAGUUUCGCCGCCGUGCUCAGUCCGCACGACCAGAGCGGCGGGAAUCUGCAGAGUCACUCAGAGAGGUUUCUGGCCUAGAGCAAGCUGCUCCUGCGCAGGUCCUGUGUGCCUCGCUGCCGGUCUUGCUGGGGCAAAAUUCCAGGCAAUCUGCACCUGAAAAGACUUUAAGUGGGGAGCAUUCCCAGCAGUCUGUUGGAGAUGAGUCGAUGGUGGGUGACGUGCACCGAACACUUCUCUAUGGCGGCCUGUUUGCCUAUCCAGCAGAUACCAAGAACAAGGACGGAAAACUUCGCUUGCUCUAUGAGGCAGCGCCUAUGUCUUUCUUGCUGGAACAGGCUGGCGGACUUGCAAUUACCGGGCACAGCCGUGUGAUGGACAUCCCUCCAGUAUCUGUACAUCAGCGCGUGCCAAUUAUUCUGGGCUCCAAAGAGGACGUCGAGGAGUGCAAGAAGUACUACGAGAAGUGUGACGACCCAAAGCUGAAAGAAAGGUAUCGGGAGCCAGUCUAUCACAGCAAGUUGGUGCAAGGGCUUCCUGCCUGUUGCGCCCCUGUUGUGAGCUUUUUGCAGCGGGCGCACCUUUUAGAGUUCUUUGAAGUUGCUAUUCGGAAGAGUGAUUGGUUCCAAGCCAUGACGACCAAAGACACUAUUGCAAAGGCCGCCGUUGUUGGCGUGAGCGCUGCAGCUGGAGCCGCUUUGGCUCUGGCCAUUCAGAAGAAGGUGUCAACUUCUAUUGAAAAACCAAAGAAAUUGGAGUUGGAGCCACGCAUCGUUGCGGCCCUGGAGGCUGCCCGGCGUGAAUGUGGCGAUGGCAAGUGGGGCCCAGACGAUGGUGCCACGGCCACUGCAUGGGUGGCAUACCAGAUGUCGGACAACGCGUUCAUUUUCCCUAUCACACCCUCUACGUUGCUGUCCGAGAUGUGCGACACCUGGUCUGCAGGUGGAGUUCAAAAUGCUUUUGAGCAAGUGACGAAGAUCACGCAAUUGCAGUCUGAGGCUGGAGCAGCAGGCAGCAUGCACGGAGCAUUGUCGGUGGGUGGUUUGGCCACAACCUUCACUGCUUCUCAAGGACUCUUGCUGAUGGUGCCGAACAUGUACAAAAUUGCUGGCGAGCUCAUCCCUUGCGUCAUGCACGUAGCGGCACGUGCAGUGGCAGGGCAAGCCCUCAGCAUUUUUGGGGAUCAGAAUGACAUCCAAGCAGUUCGGUCCACAGGCUUCGCAAUCCUUUUCGGUAGCAGCGUGCAGCAGGCAGUGGACUUUGCGUUGGCCUCGCACAUUGCCACCCUCCGCAGCCGAGUGCCCUUUGUCCAUGCAUUCGAUGGCUUCCGGACCUCACAUGAGAUUCAGAAGAUUCAGGCCUAUCCAAAAGAGAUUUUCCAAAAAGUCGUGGAGUUGCUCGCGCCGGAGAUCGAUGCUCACAGAGCACGCGGUCUGAACCCGAAUCAUCCCCAUGCACGUGGCACUGCGCAGUGCGACGACAUCUACUUCCAAGCCGUAGAGGCAGCCAACAAGUACUAUUUGGACGUUCCUCAUUACGUGGAGGAGGCAUUUGCGUGGAUCGAAAAGCUGAGUGGACGAAGCUACUCUUUGUUCGAAUAUGUCGGGAGCAAAAGUGCGAAGUACGUUCUCAUCAUCAUGGGCUCUGGUGCUGGAGUUGUUGAGGAGUACCUCACAAAAAUGGGUGACAAGGCCAAGGAUUGUGGCUGCCUCAACGUGCACCUCUACAGGCCAUGGAGCGAGAAGCACUUCCUGGCAGCCUUGCCAGCGCUGAGUGGAUUGCGGGCAGUCGCUGUAUGCAACAAGAUGAAGGAUCCUGCUGCACACGGUGAACCACUCUUCCUCGAUGUUUGCACGUCACUGCAGCGAGCCAACUGCACAGCUCGUGUGAUCAAUGGUCGCUAUGGUCUGUCCAGCAAAGACUUCACUCCAGGAAUGGUGGAGGCCAUCUACCAAAACCUGCGAUCCAGGAAUCCAAAGCAUCCGUUCACGGUUGGCUUGGAAGAUGACGUCACGCACUACUCUCUGCCGUAUGGUCGCUUGGAGACUGUGCCUGAGACUACCAAGCAGUGCAUUUUUUGGGGCUUUGGCAGCGACGGUACUGUUGGUGCAAACAAGAACACCAUCAAGAUCAUUGCGCAGAACACGCAGCUUUAUGCUCAGGGAUACUUCAAGUACGAUGCUUUGAAGUCAGGUGGCGUGACCAUCUCCCAUUUGCGCUUUGGGCCAGAACCGAUUAAAGGCAGCUACCUCAUCGACGCAGGCUGCAAUUAUUUGGCGAUCCAUAAGAAGGAGUACAUCUUCAGCUUCUUUGCCGACUUGUUGCCGGGUCCACUUGCCGAUGGAGGUACGUUGGUUCUCAAUUGUCCAUGGUCAGAUGCCGAAAUGGACACCGUCUUGCCACCACCCUUCCGAAAGAUUGUGGGUCAGAAGCGCCUCAAGGUCUGCGCUAUUGAUGCAAGUGCUGUAGCAAAACGCACAGGAAUGGGGAAGCUGAUCAACAACAUCAUGACGGCUGUCUUUUUCGAGCUUUCGGGAGUCCUUCCCACAGAGCAAGCCCUGGCUCUACUAAAGGACUGCCAGUGCAUCCAGAAUAUCAAAGCAGUGGAGGCCGCCAUUGAGGCCCUGCGCACUGUGCAGUAUGAUGCAACCAAGUGGGCAGCUUUGGAUUGUGAUCGGGAGUCCUACUACAUCAAGGAGCGUGGUGAAGAGCCACCUGCCUACGUUGUUGACGUCUUGGACAAGGUCCAGACAAUGCGCGGGCAUGAGUCUCUUGCUGCAGUGGAAUAUGAAUUCAUUCUGUCAGCUUGGCUCAAAGUCAGCGAGAUCGAAGCUGACGGUUGCGUGCCACUCUCCCAGACUCGCUUUGCCAAGCGCGGCGUUGCUGAGUCGGCACCGGACUCUUUCGAUGCUCGCAAGGCUACAGGUCACGGCCCUAACAUGCAGAUGGGCACCUUACGGUUCCUUGCGGUGGCAACACAUUUGCUGGUCUUCAUUUUCGUAUCCAAGCGCUGCGAGGUUUGUACAAACGCAUGCCCUGUGGGAGCUCUGAGCAUGAUGCCUCGCUUGGAGACAGUGCAGAAGGGACAUGCUGCCAAUUGGGAUUAUGCCUUGACAAUUCCAAAUCGCGGUCAGCGCUUUGAUGCAAAUACUCUGAAAGGCUGCAGCAGCAUUUGGGGUGGCACAGCCGGUUGGGUCCCGUAUGCCACCGACAAGGCCACCGGAAAGGGUGCCGCAUGGGGCAAUUCGCUCUUCGAGGACAACGCAGAGUAUGGUCUUGGCCAAGUGAUCCAUGUCCGCCAGCGAAGGCGCCAACUUCGUGACAGGGUUGAAGCAGCCUUGGCCCGCGCAGGAAAGUCUAUGUCUACCGCCUUGAGGAGCCUCUUGGAACAGUGGCUCGAGUUUGGAGAGGACGGUAGCAUUUCCGAACGCCUCUCUGAUGAGUUGCAGCCAUUGUUGGAGGCAGAAAAAGAAAAGGCAAAGGAGAUUGCAGAGAUCUUGCGCCUCAAGGACUUGUUCACAAAGCCGUCCAUGUGGAUGUUUGGUGGUGAUGGGUGGGCAAAUGACAUUGGCUAUGGUGGCAUCGACCAUGCAAUUGCAAGUGGCAACAACGUGAAAAUUGUGGUGCUCGACACAGAGGUCUACAGCAACACUGGUGGACAGUCAUCCAAGUCCACGCCGAUGGGUGCAGUGGCCAAGUUUGCUCAGGCUGGCCGUGACCAGCGUAAAAAAGACUUGGGAGCAAUGGCUAUGGCCUACCAGCACGUCUACGUGGCUUCAGUGGCAAUUGGUGCCAAUUACAAGCAAACUGUGGAAGCUUUCGCCGAGGCUGAGAAAUACGACGGACCAGCACUCCUGAUGUGCUACGCCCCUUGCAUUGAACACCGUUUUUUCAAAACAGGCCUCUCUGCCAUGUCCUUGGACCAGAAGGAUGCAGUGGAAUGUGGCUACUGGCCGUUGUAUCGCUUCAACCCCAAGUUGUCGCGCGAGGGUCGAAAUCCCUUCAUCCUGGACUCCAAGAAGGUCACUGGUGAUGUGAUGAAAUUUCUCAACCGGCAGAACCGAUAUGCACAGCUGGUGCGAUCGAGCCCUGCUGUGGCAGAGAAGCUGCAAGGAGAAUUACAGGUCUAUCUGAAACAGCGCCACAGUGCAUUGAGGGAAAAGGCGGCAGCCGAGCUUUCCAAGGAAGCGACUUCCCUCAAGGAUGGGCUGAAGCAGGCCGAGAGUGCCGCAGAGCAGGUUCUGAUUGCUUUUGGCUCCGACACUGGUGUGACGGAGCAGGUGGCAAAAAAGUUCGCAGGUCUUUGCAAAGAUCGCGGUGUGGUGGUCCGACGAGUUUGCGAUUUGGACGAGCUCAGCGACAUGGAGGAUUUGAAGGCCGCCUGCGCUGGUGCAGUGUGUGUGGUGAUGUGCUCGACUUGUGGCCACGGCGACUUUCCACAGAAUGCAGGGCUGUUUUGGAGCAGCCUUUCUGCGCAGAAUUUGGCGAGCAAGGAGCUCAGCGAUUUGCGCUUCUGCGUCUUCGGAAUGGGAGAUCGUAGCUAUGCUGACUCUUUCUGCGAAGCAGCAAAGAAAAUCGAGGAGCGCAUGCUUGAGCUCGGCGCCGAGCGACUUCUGGAGAUGGGCAUUGGAGAUGACCGUGAUGAGGAAAAGUGGGAGACUGGCUUUCUAAAGUGGUUGCCAAAGCUGUGGCUGACGUUGAAAGCUCCCGAGCCGGAGGAUGAUGGGAGGCCCAAGGAUCCACUCUUCGAGGUGAAGUACCACGACAUGGCUGCAGUGCAUACCUCUCCUAUCGUACCUCCCGGUGCACAGCUCUUGAGUGUGGUUGAGAACAAGCGUAUGACGCCUGCAGGCUAUGAACGCGAUAUCAGACACGUUGCCUUGAGCAAGGACGGGGUUGACUUUCCAUUCGACCUCGGAGAUGCUGUGGCCAUCUACCCAGAGAACUUGCCACAGGAAGCACUUCAGUUUUUGAGCCUUGACGGAAACCGCGUCAUUUCGGUGAAGUGUUCAGAGAACGUGUCCGAGCGACAUCGACGAGCUUUCGAUCGGCGGGUUACGGUGCGCCAAGUCCUGACGAACAUGCUGGAUCUGUUUGGCCGCCCCUCACGGUCCUUUUGUGCUGACCUUGCCCGCUUUGCAAACAAUGCAGAGGCGAAGGCCCUUAGAAAGCUCAGCCGGUCCGUUGGCCCUGAUGAGUUUCCACACCAAGAUGAAUGGGUAGCUCUUUCUGAACAGUGCCCGACCUACUUCGACCUCAUGAAGAAAUUCUCCAGCGCCAAGAUGCCACUGGAGCAGCUGCUUUCAGUCCUGCCUUUGAUCAAGCCUCGCAUCUACUCGAUUGCCUCCGAUGCCAGAUACAGCCCAAAGGCUGUGGAGUUCACGAUUGUCAUCAAUCAGUGGAAGGCCAAAGCCACAGGUGAACUGAAGACAGGCACGUGCACGAAAUUCAUCCAGCAGAUGCCUCUGGAUAAACAGGUUGCCUGUGCUGUGGUUUGUGGCACGUUCCAGUUCCCAGAGAAAGACACAACUCCAAUGGUCAUGGUUGGAUUGGGAACAGGUAUUGCUCCUAUCCGGUCCUUCAUGCAGGACAAGCUGUACAAGAAGAAGAACGGCAUCCCUACGGGACCAAUGGUUGUCUUCUACGGCUGCCGCCAUGAGCAGGAGGAACUUCUCUACAAAGAUGAGUGGAAGAUGUUUGAACAGGAGGGUGUCCUUACCAAGCUGGUUGGAGCCUUCCAGUUCGACAAACCACAUUAUCCUCCGAAGCAGAUCUUCGUUUCUGACAAGAUGGCAGAGCAACCGGAGCUGAUUAGCGACAACCUUUUGGAGAAGGGCGGCUACUUCUUCAUGUGCGGUCCUGCAGUGGCAACGCCCUCUGUGCAGAAAGCACUCAAGGCAGCGUUGGUACAGCGUGGUGGCCAGGGCGUGCGGCUCUUACAGUCGAGGCAUCAUUUGCAGAUUUUGUGA